CCGGGCAGCAGCAGCAGCAGGAGAAGCGCAGCUCUGCGGGUUCGCCUCUCUGGUUUAGACCGAGGAGAAGAGGUCCGCACAGGCUGCUGCUGGGGUUUUGUUUCCGUCUCCGGCUACCGAACAGUUGGUUUUAAUACAAACUGUGUGCAUUUUGUCUGAGGAGGGAAGCUGAGGAGGGAAUGAGGAGCAGAGGAGGUCUACCGUGACUUUACCGGAGGAGAGAGAGAGAGAGUCUGCUGCCAGCAGGGCAGAGAGUCUCUGCUGCUGCUGUCUGUCUGUCUGAGAGCUGCAGCCCAGACACGGCUCAUCAGCAUUACUUCUUCUGUAUGCUGCCUCGGAAAUAACACCACAGCCUGCAAGAUGGACCUGAAGCUGCUCUUGAUAUCCACCUUGUUAGGAGUCUUUUGUUGCGGUAAUGCUCAGAAAGAGGGGAACGAGUGCAUCAAUGCCAACGCCAAAUACUGCGGGGAGUGCAUCCAGGCCGGAGCCAAAUGUGGCUGGUGUAAAGACCCGAACUUCCUGAAACAGGGCGAGACCGUGUCGACCCGUUGUGACGAGCUGCAGUCUCUGAUAAAAAGGGGCUGUGAUAACGCCAUGAUCGAGAACCCGCACGGGGAACAGACGAUCCUCAAGAACAAAAAGGUGACAAAUCGCAGAAAGGGAGCAGAUAAACUGAAGCCAGAGGACAUCACUCAGAUCCAGCCCCAGAAACUCAGCCUCACCCUCCGAUCUGGUGAGCCCCAGGCUUUCGAAUUGAAGUUCAAACGAGCGGAAGAUUACCCCAUCGACCUCUACUACUUGAUGGACCUGUCCUACUCCAUGAAGGAUGAUCUGGAGAACGUCAAGAAUCUGGGAACAAGUCUGAUGCUGGAGAUGUCAAAGAUCACCUCUGACUUCAGGAUAGGUUUUGGUUCCUUUGUGGAGAAGACGGUCAUGCCAUACAUCAGCACCACCCCGGCCAAGCUGCUGAACCCGUGCACGGGCGACCAGAACUGCACCAGCCCGUUCAGCUACAAGAACGUCCUGAAGCUGACCAGCGACGGCAAGAAGUUCAACACCCUGGUGGGCCAGCAGCACAUCUCUGGAAACCUGGACUCUCCUGAGGGGGGGUUUGAUGCUAUCAUGCAAGUGGCUGUGUGUGGGGAUCAUAUUGGUUGGAGGAAUGUGACUCGUCUGCUGGUGUUCUCCACUGAUGCCGGCUUCCACUUUGCCGGCGACGGCAAACUGGGUGGCAUCGUUCUGCCCAAUGAUGGAAAAUGUCACUUAGAGAACAAUGUGUACACCAUGAGCCACUACUACGACUACCCCUCCAUUGCUCACCUGGUUCAGAAGCUGAGCGACAACAACAUUCAGACCAUCUUUGCGGUCACCGAGGAGUUCCAGCCUGUUUACCAAGAGCUGAAAAAUCUGAUACCAAAGUCUGCAGUGGGCACUCUGUCUGCCAACUCAAGCAAUGUAAUCAACCUUAUUGUGAGCGCUUACAAUUCUCUCUCGUCCGAGGUUAUUCUGGAGAACAGCAAGCUUCCAGAGGGAGUGACCAUAGCUUACACGUCCCACUGUAAAAACGGAGUGGUCAGUGACGGCGAAAGUGGACGAAAGUGCUCCAACAUCUCCAUCGGGGAUGAGGUCAUGUUCAACAUCAGUGUGACAUCUAAGGGCUGCCCGAAACAAGGCAAGCCUGACACCAUCAAGAUAAAGCCCCUGGGAUUUACAGAGGAGGUGGAGAUUACCCUCAACUUCAUCUGCGAGUGUGACUGCAACAAGGACGGCAUCAAGAACAGUAAACUCUGCCACUUUGGCAACGGGACCUACGAGUGUGGUGCCUGCAAGUGUAAUGAAGGACGCGUGGGCAGACAGUGUGAAUGCAGCAGCAACGAUGUGGCCACAGAGGACAUGGACCGAACCUGCCGUAAAGACAACGGCACCGACAUCUGCAGCAACAACGGAGACUGCGUGUGCGGCACGUGCGAGUGCAAGAAGAGAGACAACCCUGAGGAGAGGUACAGCGGCCAGUACUGCGAUUGUGACAACUUCAACUGUGACCGCUCUGGGAACAAACUGUGUGGAGGGCAUGGACGCUGCGAAUGCAGAGUGUGUGUCUGUGACCCCAUGUGGACCGGAAGUGCCUGUGAUUGUUCUCUGGAUGACAAAACGUGUAUGGCCAGCAACAAGCAGCUCUGUAACGGCAGAGGAAGUUGUGACUGUGGCAUUUGCAAGUGCACUGACCCCAAAUUCCAGGGUCCCACCUGUGAGACUUGUCCCACCUGUCCAGGAGUCUGCACUGAACACAAAGAGUGCGUCCAGUGCCGGGCGUUUGGCACCGGUGAGAAGAAGGACACAUGUGAGAGAGACUGCAGCUACUUCAACCUGAUCAAAGUGAAGGAGAGGGACAAGCUGCCCCAGCCCAACGACGCCGCCUACCCCGUGAUGCACUGCAAAGAGAGGGACGCCAACGACUGCUGGUUCUACUACACCUACGCCGUCAACAACAACACGGAGAAGGAGGUUCAUGUGGUCGACACGCUGGACUGCCCCGCCGGUCCUGACAUCAUCCCCAUCGUGGCGGGCGUGGUCGCCGGCAUUGUCCUGAUUGGCCUAGCCCUGCUGCUCAUCUGGAAGCUGCUGAUGAUCAUCCACGACAGGAGAGAGUUCGCCAAGUUCGAGAAGGAGAAGAUGAACGCCAAAUGGGAUACGCAAGACAACCCCAUAUACAAGAGUCCUAUCAAUCAGUUCCAGAACCCGCGCUAUGGACGUAAAGCUGAGGCCCUUUAAGGUGAAAAUCCCAUCUACAAAAGUGCUGUCACGACUGUGGUCAAUCCCAAAUAUGAAGGAAAAUGAUGGCGUGGUAGUUUUCAAUGAACUCUGCUAUCAAGUAACUGACAACUGCAGUAUUUACCGCAGGUUUGGGGUCUUUGGGGGGGAACCUGCGGUGUCAUUUCUUCUUGUUGCUUUACAUUUAUGAUGUACCACGCUGCCACUGCAUCUGUAUUUUUACUAACACUUAAAAUUUAUAUGCAUUUGUUGUAUUUUAGAUGUACAGUAUACAGUAUGUGUAUAUACUUUUAAGUUGCAAGAAAGUGUUUUUUUUUCCUGCCACAGGACUGGUAUGGGCAGAGGAUUUAGCAGUUUUUUUAAACAACACAAUGUGGACACUAUGGAUAUACAAUAUAUGUACAAGAAUCCCUCAGCUUCUGUCUCUUUUUCACCUUUCUGUCCUCUUGUCUCUCUCUGUGCACUGACUUCCUGUGUGUGUCUCUGUGUGUCCCAGACAGGACCUGAGUUUAAUAUGUAAAUUGUCAGCAAUAGCAGCACAUAAUGUCAAUGUGUGUGUGUAUAUAUAGAAAGCAACUGCAAUAGGAGGUAUUGAAUAAUAUUUCACUAAGAUUGGACAGUUGUGUUGAAUCACAGUAGAUUUUGCAGUGGUUGUAAAUGUAGUUUUGAACUGCAGCUCAGAAACACAUUUUAUUGCACUCUUAUUGAGAACUGUUGUUUAUUCUAAAGGAGUGAAUACAGAAGAUGAAGAUUAAUAUCAACUAUCAUUAUUUGAAUUGUUGAUAUACUAUCACAAAGGGACUGUAUACCACUUGUUAAAAUUAUAAACGUGUGGUUAUGUUGAACAAUCAACGAUUUGUAUAAUUAUGAUACAAAUUGCAAUUUAAAGGAACAGUGUGUAGCAUUUAAGAGGAUCUAUUGGCAGAAAUGGAAUAUUAAUAAUUAUGUUUUCAUAGUGUACAAUCACCUGAAACUAAGAAUCGUUGUGCUUUCGUUAACUUAGAAUGAGCCGUUUAUAUCUACAUACGGAGCGGGUCCUCUCCACGGAGUCCGCCAUGUUUCAACAGUAGCCCAGAACGGACAAACCAAACACUGGCUCUAGAUAGGGCCUUUUGCGUUUUUGUGCAUCGCGUUGGCCACCGUAGUUCUCCUACAUGCUUGGCACAUGGAAGAAGUUUAUGCCUCCAGAUCCUACACACUGCACCUUUAACUAACGAAAUAUUGUUGUACUUGCUAACUGCAGUAACUUUAUUACUCAUUCUCAGGUCCUUUCCUGUGCUCUUGUCAAGUACGCCAAAAAUCCGUUUUAUGUUAGCUUGUUCCGUGAACUGGUGAACUCAUUUGUGUGAGUCAAUUCCGUUAGUUACUUCUUUUUUUUAGAUUGUAGGACUGAAACAAGUGUAUUUGUUCAGACAUCACAUGAAUCACCUCUGAAAUGCUUUCACACCCAAAUGAAGUACCACACACAAGCCUUUACAGUAUUGUUUUCAAAGUGCCUUUUAUUUCAAUACCAUGUUCUCUCCCAAUGCUGUUUGAGUUAUUUAUUAAAUAAUGUACAAAAAC